AUGUGGACAUUCGUCGUGUGUGCUGUUUUGGCUUGUGCUCUUCAACAGGUGUCUGCAGCCACCACCGAUCAGGAGUCAGAUCCUAAAUUCUGGAUUGAAAAUGGAAAACGAAUGUUGGAGGAAAAGUUAAAACAACCAUUGCGAACGAACAAAGCGAAGAAUGUGAUAUUGUUUUUGGGGGAUGGUAUGUCAUUGACAACAUUGACGGCCGCUCGCAUAUACAAAGGUCAGUUGCAGAACACGUCUGGCGAAAGCGAACACCUGAGCUUCGAACAGUUUCCGUUCACCGGAAUAUCAAAGACGUAUUGCGUUGACAAUCAAGUGGCCGAUUCAGCAUGUUCAGCCACGGCAUAUUUGUGUGGAGUCAAGACAAACAAAGCUACGAUUGGUGUGACGUCUAAAGUUAACCUAGGAGAUUGUCCAUCAUCGGUCCCCGAAGAGCACCGUGUGACUUCCAUAAUGCAAUGGGCGCAGUGGGCUGGGAAGGCGACUGGCAUCGUGACCACGACCCGGGUAACACAUGCAUCCCCAGCUGGCAGUUACUCACAGAUUGCGCACCGAGAUUGGGAAUCUGACGAAGAUAUGAUAGCUUUAUCAAAUGGUACAACCGAUAUAACGCAAUGCGAAGACAUAGCUAAACAGCUGAUAACUAGAGAACCUGGGAAAAAUUUCAAGGUUAUCAUGGGCGGUGGUCAAAAUAAUUUUAUGAAGCAGGGAGUCAAUUCCACGGGAAAACGUCAUGACGAAGACUUAAUCCAAAAUUGGAAAAACGACAAGAAGACUCGUUUUGGUGAUAAAAUCGCCAAGUACGUGACGACUAGACAGGAACUAUUGGAAACGGAUAUGUCUAAGACCGAUUUUGUGUUAGGUCUUUUUCAUCAGGGUCACAUGGACUACAGAUUAAAAUCAAAUUUCGAGACGCAGCCCACGUUACCGGAAAUGACCAGGAACGCUAUACAGUUGCUCCAGAAAGAACCAAACGGUUACGUUCUUUUCGUAGAAGGUGGCCUCAUCGAUAAGGCACAUCAUAGGACGUGGGCGAGAAUCGCACUCGAUGAGACGUUAGAGUUUUCCAAAGCAGUGGCGGACGCUGUGGCGAUGACCAGUGAAGACGACACAUUAAUCGUGGUGACUUCAGACCAUGCGCACACCAUGUCGAUGGCUGGUUACCCUAAACGAAACGCGAAUAUUCUCGGUCUUUCGGGAUCAAUGGCCAUGGACAACAUGACUUAUACAACACUAAGCUACGCCAACGGUCCAAAAACAUCCUUCGUAAAUGACAGCACGUCAUGUCACAGAGUCAACGUGACCAACGAAGAAAUUAUAAAAAAUGUCGACUUUUCAUAUCCAAGUCUAGUCGAUAUAUCCGACGAGACUCAUGGAGGAGAUGAUGUUAUGGUAUUUGCGAGGGGUCCUAUGUCACAUUUAUUCACCGGAAACUACGAGCAAAAUCAAAUUCCUCUUGGUAUGGCAAUGGCUGCUGGCAUUUCCACGAAUUUCCCAACCACUGACUCUACCAGUGGUGCCAUUUCACCAUUUAAUUUUGCUGGACAAACUAUUCUUGCAUCAUUAUUGUUGGCCGUCAUUGGAAUUUUACAGGCCAGCUUAUAA